CAAACACUCGCAAAGAGAUCACCAGCAUUCACGUCGACGUGCCAUACAAACAUACUAUGUCGCAGAAUGCCCAUGAUACGCUGCGCAAGCUUCAGAUCUUGCAAAAGGCACAAACACUCAAGAUAAUCGAGCUUAAUGAGUCCCUCCGCGCCCCAGAUGAAGCAGAAAAGCGCGACUCUGGCGUUUCUGAAACCCCAAGAGACAGUCCCACGCCAGCCAGCCUAGAAGCAGACCUGACACACUACAAGGAGCUGUUCUCGAAACUACGCUUCUCUUACGUGGAGCAAAUGACCAAGGAGAAGUUCUUACAAGCUAUCACAGACUCCGAUCCGCCCUUCAUAGAACACCAACAGAAUGUGGAGUUAGAAGCUCAGCUCGCGGAGGCCAAAUCGUCCCUGAAGUCUCAGAAGCUCGAGGUAGCAUCAUUCAUCGAAGAGCUUGAGAAGCAGGCGCGUCUCUUGAGUGAACGAUAUGAUUCGAUCCAAUUGAGGACAGCUGAGCUACAGAUGCUCCCUACCGAGAUCGCCGCGUUGGAGCAAAGUAUAGAAGCUCUCCGCGACUCGCAAGCGCCGCACCCAACGAAUCCAGAGUUGUCACUUCCACUUCCUGAAACACAGGCUCUACUAUCACAACGAGAAGCGGAACUCGCAUCAAUCAACGCGCAGCUGGCUGCUCUUGAACCGAGUGUCCAGCGCAAAGCGCGCGACCUAGAGCGGCUGGAGAGAGAGCUACAACCCCUUGAGACACAAAAGCAAGGAGUCAUAUCAGCCGCGAAAGAGGCAAGGAGGAGGCGGGAAGAGGGCGAAAAGGGUAUGGGAGACGAGCUUGAAGAGAAAGGACGAUGGUUUCGCGCGGCAGAGAAGGGCCUCAUGGAAAUGCUGGAGAUCGAAGGGUGUACAUGAAGCAGAUGCCGAGUUUAUCUCGUGCUUCUUGUCUAUCAUGCUAUCUUAAGGUUCGGCGUUUGAAGUCUUGGGUAUUGGUGGCGUUGAAGGGGGGGCGUCAUCGAGGGUCUUUAUCAGUGAUACCAAGAGUCAAGAUGUUGCGGAGUUUGGGGGGUUGGGCCGG